CCUUUCCCCAAGCAGCAGCCUAAUCUGCGUCAGCAGUAAUUGUGAGCCCGGCACGGCUUUUAUGGGGAGGGUGAGUGCAAAUGAUACAUCAAUAUGAGGUCUCAAACCGAGACUUAGAUGUUCCCUCUAAGUGGCUCCUCAUUUCCCGGAGCCAUAACAUGGGCUAAAGGUUAACUUGCCCAUUCUCUGUGGAGGGACAAUUCUUUUUUUAAAAGGGGUGUCGGAGGAGAAGAAUGGAACAGGCUUGUUUCCUAUUUUGUUCUACCUAGAAAGACUGCAUUUGCUUGGAUUCCCUACAUUUUCUCUCUGUCGCACACACACGAGUGGAUUAUUUUGCUAAUCAGACUUCAGUGCAGCGAAGAUAAAAGAGAGAGAAUCUGUUGCCUAGAUAGGAGGCUUUAAUGAGCAGCUGCGCCCCUGGGGACAGCAAGCUGAAGUCGAAGGCUGCUGCUUUCCAGUCUCUUGUCAUUUCUUCACUCGGUCCUUCACCUCCUUUCCCCCCCACUCUUUCGCCUCCAAUGGGCCUAAGGAAGGCAAACGGGAACUGUCCAAGGUGCUAGAAUGCUGGCUGCUUGGCUGCUGGAUGCAAGCGGAUUGCAGAAAAAGAGGAGCACCAGAUUACUGCUCAUAGCUGAAGGUAGGCUUGCUCUUUGUUUGAGAAUCCCUGAUUAAUCAACAACAGCAGCAACACAGAGAGAGAGAGAGUGAAGGAGAGAGAGAGAGAAAGCUCCAGCCUGCUUGUAGUCAUGGGGAGAGAGUGAGAGAGACUAUUUGAAACCUUCAGUGUCUAGGUGGCAAUGAGAGUGAGCAAGACGAAGAGCAUCUUUUUUUCCUGCUGCAAGAAGCCAUUUGGAUAGGAUGUUUGCCAUCCUUUCUUUUUCUUUCUUUCGCUCUUUGCGCUAUUGACUCCAAUGAGGCACCUUAGCCACUUCUCUGUCAUUGCAUAUGUUGGUGCUGCAAUCUUCUGCGUGGUGAAGUGGGGUGGAAACCCUCCCAUUUCCUUGCUGUUGGACUUCAAAACAGGAUGCCAUUGGUGCCCCUUGAUACCUUCACUGCCCUUCCUCUCCAUGUGGAUUGAAGAUGCCCAGUCUCCUCUUUCCUCUGCUUAGUUCCAUUGCAUUUGUGACAGUCAAACUUUAAAAGGCUAUUUUUAAUCCUGUACUGAGAAGAGAUUUCUUUCUUUCCUUUUUCAUGGCAACCCACUUGUUUUGAGAGAUACAGAAUGCUACAAUCUGGAUAUCUUUGCCAAGAAGAUCUCAAGCACUUUAAUUGAAGGGAAAAAAAUCAAAACAAAAACAAACCUGAGCCAAUCUGCAAAACCUGUUUUGUAUGGUGCUGAAAUAUCCCUUCAGACUGCACUGAGAUAAACCCCAGGGAAGGGCUUUUACAGACAAAAGUCACCUUUAAUCAUUGCACUUAGCAGUCCCUUCAGGACUUUAAUCUUGGAAGUAUUUUGCUCUGUUUAUUAUCUCCCACAAGAUGAUGGGUUCUAAUCAAGAGGAGGUAACUUUGGGCACUUUUCUCCAGUAUAUUGAAGACAUGGGCAUGAAGGCCUAUGAUGGUUUGGUUAUACAGAACGCGUCCGACAUAGCCCGAGAGAACGAUCGCAUGAGGAAUGAAACAAACCUGGCUUACUUGAAAGAAAAGAAUGAAAAGCGCCGGAAACAAGAGGAAGCAAUAAAACGCUUAGGUGGUGAAGUGGUGAGAGGAAAUGAAGGAAGCUACGUGAGCAAACACUUUCGUAUGGGAUUUAUGACAAUGCCUGCACCUCAGGAUAGACUGCCGCAUCCUUGUUCCAGUGGAUUUACCGUGAGAUCCCAAUCUCUUCAUUCUGUUGGAGGUACCGAUGAUGAAAGCAGUGGCUGCUCUCGGAAACAACCACCACCAAAACCUAAACGAGACCCCAAUACCAAACUAAGCACAUCCUCUGAAACUGUAAAUGCUGGAACCACCAGUAAGAGUGGAAAGCUACCAGACAGGACUGAAGUGUCAGGCAAACCAAGGCCUCACAGUGAUGAAUAUACAAAGAAAGUUCCUCCUCCUAAGCCAAAACGGAAUCCAAACACACAGUUGAGUGCAUCUUUCGAUGAGACGUACAUAAAAAAACAUGGCUCCUUAAAGACAACGCUGAGUAGAGAUGGCUCCUUAUCACAGGUCAGCAGUCCUGCUCCUGAUACGGAGGAAGACGAACCAGUUUAUAUUGAAAUGGUUGGAAAUAUACUUAGAGACUUCAAAAAAGAUGAGGAGGAUCAAAGUGAAGCAGUUUAUGAGGAAAUGAAGUAUCCCAUCUUUGAUGAGGGUGGCCAAGAUUCAAAGUGUCCAUGUGAGUAUGACCAUCACAGCUGUUCCUCUCAGUGUGCUACUCCCACAGUGCCUGACCUUGAUUUCACCAAGUCCUCUCUGCCAUCCACUCCCAAGGGUGUGCUUUGUGACAUACCCCCACCAUUUCCAAAUUUGCUUUCUCACAGACCUCCACUCCUAGUGUUCCCGCCUGCACCAGUGCAGUGCUCCCCAAAUUCUGAUGAAUCUCCUUUAACACCACUGGAAGUGACUAAGCUUCCUGUAUUAGAAAACGUGUCUUAUAUCAAACAGCAAGCUGGACCUUCUCCAUCUUCACUGCCACCUCACACGCCAAGUCAUCAAAAACUGGAGAAAGACCAGACAGCAUCUCAUGGAACUAGUACUCCAGGGCACUCCUCUUCACCUCCUCAUCCUUCUACCUUAUACAGAACACAGUCUCCACACGGCUAUCCAAAAAGCCACUCUGCCUCUCCCUCUCCUGUGAGUAUGGGUCGGUCACUUACCCCCUUAAGUCUCAAAAGACCUCCUCCUUAUGAUUCUGUACAUUCAGGAAGUCUCUCAAGAAGUUCUCCAUCAGUGCCUCAUUCAACAGCCAGAAACCUAUUGCAAGAAGGAGGGAAAAUGGUAAACGUCACUGUCAAUACCUACGGGUCAUCUUCGCAGAGUAGUUCACGAUCCAGAACACCAACCAGUCCUCUCGAGGAAUUAACCAGCCUUUUUACCUCAGGCCGAAGUUUACUGAGGAAAUCCUCCAGUGGGAGAAGAUCUAAAGAGCCUGCAGAGAAACCAUUAGAUGAACUGAAGAUCAGGAGCCACAGCACUGAGCCACUACCAAAGCUGGAAAACAAAGAAAGAGGUCACCAUGGGGCAUCUUCCAGAGAGCCAAUAAAAGCUCAGGAAUGGGAUGGGACACCAGGACCACCACUUGUAUCUAGCAGACUUGGAAGGUCUUCUGUUAGUCCAACCAUGUUGGCAGGAAAUAAUAGUUCGGUGCUACUCCUGUGCUGGUCCCAGAACACCAGAGACAAAAUAGAGCCGAAAGGAAGUUGCAGAUUGGGGCGAUCUGCAUCCACAUCAGGUGUGCCUCCUCCCUCCGUUACUCCUCUCAGGCAAGCGAGCGAUCCACACCCGAGCCAGAAUCAAGCACACUGCACACCCAGUAGGAGAGGCAAGAAACCCACAAGAACAAGGAGAGAACAACCACUUCCACAGCCUAGUAGCGUAUACAAUAACAGUAAAAUGGCGUGUAUGCAGUGGUUACAUGGAGAUCAUACAAUGCUGGAAAUGAUUGAGAAAAAACGUUGCCUCUGCAAGGAAAUCAAGGCACGACAGAAGUCAGAGAAAGGACUUUGCAAACAGGACAGCAUGCCAAUCUUACCAAGUUGGAAGAAGAACACAGGGUCUAAGAAAUACAGUCCCCCUCCAUAUUCCAAGCAACAGACUGUUUUCUGGGAUACGGCAAUAUGAUAUGAACAUGAGCGUUUAUCUUCCAAACGUUGCAGUGUGCACUGUCAGCCUAUCUUCCUCAUAAGGCAGUAUCUGGUACCUAAUUUCAGGUGAAGGUCUACCUAGGAAUAAUGCUUACUAGAGUGGUAUCCACAUGUCAAUCAAGAAAUAAAUCUAUGUCUACCACGGAGCAAAGUCAUGCACAUUUUUGAGGAUUCUUUGCCUGAAGAAAAGUAGUAAAAUGUAAAUAUUUUGCCAAUCUCCUUUGGGAAAAAAACUGAGUUAUUAUACUCUUUAUAAUGCAAACAUGUAAGAAGAGUUUUACUCAUAUACUGUUUUAAUUGUUUUCAGUGUGUUAUCUUUAUGCUUUUUUAAAAGAAAAGAUGUUGUUUCACCUGCCCAGUUUUUCGGCCUAAAUCCAAAUUGCCAAUUCCAACUAGAGUUGCCACAUUGAAUCAGUUGCUAAAUGGUACAGCAACAUGUAUAUGUGACCCACUGAGGAGGGUUUACUCAGAUUGGGACUAGCCAUUGGAUUCAGGCCUUUGUGUCUUUACAAAAGCAUGUGGUUGUACAUUUUUGGUUUAACAGUAAGUUGUUUGAAUCAAACUGGUGCUAGGGCUAUAAAUAUAUCAUUUGUUAGAAGAAUUUUCUACAAACGCCUUUCAGCAGGGGGUGGAUAGAACUGCAAAGAAUGCAGGAUAAACAGUAUUCACUUGGAUAUCCAAAUUGCUUUUAUAUAAUUGUAUUAAUAGGACAUUAAAAAUACCUGCAGUUUACCAAGUAUGCUCUGCCACCUCCUAUAUCAGCUUCACCCACAUAGCUUGCUAUUAUUGUUUAACUAGUGUCACCAAGAGGCUCCAAUCCCAAAAUCCUUGUAUAAGGAUCUUUACUACCUAACAGCACUUGGUACCUCUUAGAGGGAAUAUAUAGUAAAAGAUGGUUCUUACUGAUCCCACCCUCCAAAAAAUGUUACCAGAACUGUCAACUAUGUUUAAUGGUCUUCAUUUCAGGUUAUGGGGACAUUUGAAAUCUUAAGUAACGUUAGUUUGUAUAAUAUAAAGGUUAAAAAAGGUGAAUGUCUUGAGUGAUGCUGAUAAACUAGGCUGGUUUAACAAGCAAACUAAAUUAACUGCAGAAAAUUUUAUAUUCAGUGGAGUACUUUUCUUUCUUCUGUUCAGAUGAUUUGUGGAGACCAGGGUUCACUGUGACUAAGGACUGUACAUCACAUGAUUCAUUUAUUUUUUAUUCAUUUAGCAGGUUGAAAUUGUGGUAGUGCAGCUAUAUUUUCCAUCCUCAUUUGUCGUGGUCCCUGAAAGUAAAGGUAACAAUCUGUUCACAAUGUUCAUAUUACUUCUGUAGUAUAUUGUACUUCGUGUCCAAUUAGAAUGAGUUAAUGUUAAGUCUCACUAAAGUCAAUGGGAAAGGUUGACUUCAUCUUGGAAAGUUUGACCCUUUGAACUGGGUCUGUAAAGCACAUUUCUCUCAAGUGAUCAUUGUUGAAUUCCUGGUUGAUUCUGUAAUUGGGUCAUAGUCCUCUGUGACAUCACACCCAUCUUACUAGACAAUAUAAUGUCAUGACCAAAGAAUUAUGACCUCUUGGUUUUAGCAGGAGAAAGAGAUGGUUUAUAUGCUGUACAUGAGGGUGAGAUCUGUGCAUUAAAGUAUCUUCCAGAAGGCACUGUGUAGGAUAAGAUUUUGAAAAAAGAUCCAUAUUGCAGUAGAGUUGAUGUGAUCACGUAUAUUUUAUAUAUUUAAAUUUUUAUCUAUGCUUCUAAAAAGUUUGGUAGCAUGAAAAGGUUUCUCUUUAAAAAAUCAUUUAAAAAUAUUAUAUUCUCAGAGAAGAAGAAAAUGUGUCAUUUGAAUUUAUUGUCAUAUUGGCUUUUUCUUUUAAAAUAAUAUUGACAGCAAUGCCACAAGGCUGAUGGCUGAUCAAUAAAACCAAAUAAAUAGAUAAAUUAGUGGGUUAUUUUGUAAUCUAUAUUGCUACAAUUGACUAUUACUUUAUCAAUAGUAGUUUCUUUCCAGACUGAAAUAAAAAAUAAAGUUUUUAAAUAUUUUAUAACUAAUGUA